AUGCGAUGGACUCGAUCGCACGAUCGAGCGGUAGUGGUGUUCAUAUUCUGUUCCUGCUGCAUGUCUCUGAACGUGUUGUUCUCGAAAAUUCGGCGUAUACUCGAGAUCAAAGAACUGGAGCGGACAUCUGAGCGAGAGGCCGAGAUUGUAUCACUCAUCUACUACAAUUCGACCGUUGCAGGUGGUGAAUCCUCGCUGUACCUGCUAAUUCAGUCGGAAGAUGGGCGAUUUCCUGGUGAUACUCUUUGUGAAAGUCGGAACGGCACUGCGCACAUCACAAACAAGCUCAGCACAGUUCCAUUGGGCUCAUCGAAUGUUCUCGUUGGAAAGUGUGAAACCACUGCCGAACCACUCGAUGUCUCUGUGCACAUUGAUGAUUUCAGAGUUACGGUAAGCAUAGUACUUGUUUGUGAUACUCUCGCUACUUGA